AUAAAAUGACUGACCAGUGUCAAAAAGAUGGCACCUAUGACAAAUAUGUUGAGUCAUACUUAAUUACAUUUUACAAAUUAUUUUUUAAUCUGGAUAAAACACCUUUACUUUACAUACAGUAUUGUGCCUUUUACAAAAUACCAGAGCAAGAAGAGAAAUGUCACUAUUUAAACCAUGUAUUUUGAGAUACGUGGUUUUGGCAUUCAGAAAUCUAACUGGUCAGUAAGUUCUCACAGCAUUUCAAACCCCGCAGUGUAAGAUGAUACCUAACAUGUGUAUGUAAUCUAAGGUUUGCAGCUGUGCUGCAGUAUAGUAAUAAGGGAUGCUCUUAUCUGGCCAGCGAACCUCUGGGAGGAAAAUGUGUUAUCAGAGCUGCAAUAACCUAGCUUUACCAUGGAACUUCAAGGAAAACACGUGCUUGUGAAAAAGUUGUGAAAUAAUAUAUUAACAAUGGGAUUUUAAGUAAAGAAAUGAAAAGUGAGUGAAUUAAAAUGGAUUGGGAUAAUGAAGAAAUUUGGGAUGAAUCAGUUGUUAAUAAAAUUCUAUCUGAGGAGAGUACAAGCGCAUGUGGAAAUACAUCAAACUGUGACAGUGUAAAAAAAGUUCAGGAAAAUAAGAAAACAUCAAAACAUGUGAAGAAGAAAAAAAUUUCUAAUGCUGUAAUACGAGCACAAAAAAUUGUCAAAUUUUAUCAGAGAUGUAAAAAGCCUGUCCAAAAUACAAAGAAAGAAGAACAAAAGAGAACAAAAACUAAACAAGAAAGUUCGGACAGUGAAUACAGCAGUAGUGACAAUAUCCCGCUGAAGUAUUUUAAGGACAAUAAAAGCGCCACGACCCGUAGGAAAAAGGAACAGACAUACAGACAACUGUUUGAAGGUGAUUGUGAGGAUGAAGUGGAAUAUGACAGCGAAGAUUCAUACAAACCAAGCAAAAAGGAUCAAAAUUCCUCUGACUCCGAGUUUUCCCCUGAGGAAAGUAAUGCAGAGAGUGAUGUCUCAAUGCAAGAGGAAGAUCAACCUAAACGUCAUAAGCAUGAAGGGAAAAGGAAAAGCAAGACAAACAAAACCUUUGCAAAAAAUCCUGGCACCGCUGUUACGAACAACGUAGAAAAAGCAAAAGAAAGAAGUUUGCAAGAAUCAAAGCUUAAUACCUUGAUAGCAAAUCACCACAAAUCCAGGCUUGAUAGGCUUCUGGAAGCAAACGGGAUGCUGCGGGAAACAAUUACAUCUGAUGGUAACUGCUUUUUCAAUGCUGCAUUAUUUCAUCUUCCUUCAAUAGAAGGGGUUUCAGAGCUGAGGCAUUUACUUUGUGAUCAUAUGAUAGAUAAUGCAGGAGAAUACACAGGAUUUUUCUCCUCUCCAGCAACCCUGGAUUCAGCAGAACAAGAGUUACUGUGGAUGGACUUCAGUAUUGAAGUAGAUCAAUUAAGAAGGGAUGGAAUAUGGAGCAACAAAGCAGCAGAUAUGCUUCCACUUGCUUUGGCCAAUUUUACUGGCAGACAUGUUCGCAUUUUUUCAAGUUCAUCAGAGGCUUCUGUCUUAGACAUAGAACCUACCAUGCAGCGUUCUCAAAAUACAAACCAUAUUUAUUUGGCAUAUGUCGGAUCAAGGGGAAUAUCUGAGCAUUACGAUGGGUGUGUGAAGAAAACGGACCGUAUCCAGCAGGCUCCUAUGCAAACGUCAGAAAAAAAUGCCACUGUAACAGAAACAACCGCAAAUGCAGAUGAAAACAAUGAGGGCCUUGACACUCCUUUAGAACAGUCCCCUCUAAAAACCAAAACGCAACGAAAAGGAAGACCUAAAGGAACUCCAAAGAAAAAGUCAGCUUCUUUUAUGACACCUCCAAAGAAGAAACUUUUUAGAAAGAGAAAAGCCACUCCAGAAACUUGGAAGAAAAAUGUCAGAAAACAAUUAAAGUUAACUGGACAGCAGUACGUGUCUCAAAGAGGAAAAACUGUUAAAGCGAGGGUCAUGAAAUCUGUAAAUUGCAGUAAAUGUAAACUGAAAUGUUCCACCAAAGUAACAGAAGAGAAAAGAAAUGAGAUCUUCAAAAACUUUUGGUCACUAGGUUCAUACGAGCGACAAAAAGAUUUUGUGGUAUCACACAUUGAGGAAAAGAAGACAAGAACAUAUCUGGCAGAUGAUAACCAACCUGUCAAAAAAAGGCGACAAGUGCACAGAACCUAUCAUUUUGAGACUGAUGGUAGCAGAACCAUCAUAUGUAAGAAGUUUUUCCUUGCUACCCUUAGCGUUGGGGAGUCGUAUAUUGACCACGCCAUGAAAAACAAAUCUGGGGGCGUAUUUGCUGGGUCGGACAAGAGAGGGAGGCAUAGACCCUACAACAAGACCACUGAGAGGGCUGCACAGCUGGUUCGAGAACACAUCGAAUCAUUUCCCGCAUUAGAGGGUCAUUACACCAGAAAAGACUCCAACCGAAAAUACCUUGGACAGGACUUGAACAUAACCAAAAUGUAUGAGCUUUACUUACAGCUACAUAAGGGAAAUUUGAGAGAAGAUGAACUGGUUAGUCAGCCCAUCUACAGGCGCAUUUUCAAUGAAGAAUACAAUUUCUCCUUCCAUAUUCCCAAAAAGGAUCAAUGCUCUCUCUGUGUUAACUACCACAAAUCAGUCAGUAGCAAUACUACUACAGAAAAAGAAAAGGAAAACUUUGAAAAACAUCAAGAACGAAAAAAACGUGCCAGAGAAGAAAAGCAAAAGGAUAAAACAACUGCCAAGUCCAGAAAUGACACUUUUGCAGCUACAUUUGAUCUCCAAGCUGUCCUUCAUACACCAUGCUCCCUUGUGAGUCAGCUGUACUACACUAGGAAACUAAGUUGCUACAACUUGUCGAUUUAUAAUUUAGGUAGCUCAAAUGCAACAUGUUAUCUGUGGUCAGAGGUUGAAGCUAAGCGUGGAUCCUGCGAAAUUGGAACCUGUCUAUAUUUACAGUUGUUGUCAUUGCCUUCUAGUAUCAAACAUGCAAUUCUUUAUUCCGAUGCCUGCUCAGGACAAAAUAGGAACCAAUUUACAGCCACAAGUCUAAUGCAUGCUGUCUCAUUCUUACCAAACCUAGAGAUAAUAGAUCAUAAAUUCCUGGAGAGUGGACAUACCCAGAUGGAAUGUGACAGCAUGCACUCUGCCAUUGAGUUUGCAAAGAAGAAAACGGAAAUAUACAUUCCACAGCAAUGGUCAACAGUAAUCAGAAUGGCAAGAAGAAAAGAUCCAUACAACGUCGUUCCUCUUACACAUGAGGAUAUAUGGGAUUUUAAGAAAGUGCAGUCCCAGUCAAUGAAAUACAGCAAAGUGGAGUACAAUGGCACAAAGAUCAACUGGCUUAACAUCAAAUGGCUCCGAUUUAUGAAAGAAGAUUCUGAAAACAUCCUCUUUAAAUAUGAUUUUGAGGAGGAAUUUAGGAAGAUGAAAGUAACUGGGAGUGGAAAACGAGGAAGACCAGAAAAAUCCAAAAAUCUUCCAAGAAAAUACAAUGGAAAACAGCCCGUUUCACAGGCAAAGAAAAAAGACCUUUUAAACUUGUGCAAAUCUAAAGUCAUCUCUCCAGAAUACCAUGACUAUUACAAGAACUUGCCAUGCAGCAACAAUGUUGUGGAUAGACUUCCUGAGCCUGAUGCCGAUGAAGAUGACACCGACAGUGAAACGGAAUAAAUGCUGUUUCUACCAUUAUGUGUACUGUGUAUUAAGUUACAUACAUGUAUAUACAGUGGUGAAUAUAUCAUACUUGGAUUAAGUGGUUCUUUGUGCAUGAUUUUUGUUUAUGUCUUUGUUCUUACGGUGUUUAUGCUUAUGUUUUAUUUUGGAUUAUGUUGGUAUAUGUAUUGGCAAAACAAAUUAUUUUUCGGUAAUGGUUUGCAACAUGAUUUUUAUGUAUAAUACAUCUCUAUUCCUACAAAACCAUAUCCACGCAUAAAGCACUACAACUUUAAUACUAUUGUAAAAUCUGUUCAUAUAAUAGAUACAAAGAAUGCAAAAACAAUGUAACUUUCUGUGCUGUGUUUUAUCACCUAUAGAUUCUAUCCUUCGUAUGUGAUUUACACCAGCCAUAACGGCGUAUCUACAGAAACGAUGUUUUGUCACUUGUUUUUAGAACAAUGGAAAUUGGAUGUAUUAGAGCCAGAACGACGUAUCUCAGAAUGCAAGCUUUAUGCAUGUAUUGAAUAAUUAAUAUAAACAACAUGUCUCAAACCAUAAAACCUUACAUUUUAAAUUUUGAUUUAAGCAUAAUUCUGGUGAAUUAUGGUUGUUGCAUAAGUGGCAAUAGGUAAAUAAUGGUAUACCAAGUUGACUAAAACAGAUAAAUUAUCUUUAAUAUGCAUGUAAGUAUUUUUAUUUUUGGCUCAAACUUUGUCGGCCAUUUUCUCCACAAUGUAUCUUAUAGGGAUAAGUGGUUGUGGCAUUAACCCAUC